AUGUACCCGGAACCGUAUCGUCCUACCCCUUUUGUCCUGCCGUCGCCCACUACUUGCACUGCCUUCCGCAAGGCGCAUCGCCGGAUUGUUUCUGCAACUUCAUCUCAUGCCUUCCAACGCACCUCCACAAAACACCCUCGUCUUAUCGUUUCACACGCACGAGGUCACAUGCGGAAUGCCUCCGAUCCUGGCAUGCAUAUUUUUUACCCUCAACCCCCGAAUGCUCCCAUCUUCCUCCCUACCACAACUACCGUCGAUGAAGAAAGAAAUAUUUCUAACGUAGAAGUUCCAGUGCGUGGUGUUGAGCAUGGUUCCUGUUCCGAAGUGGACGAGGAUGGCGUUAGGUCUCCCGGGAAGUUAAUUUCUAAAGGCCCUUCCGGCAGCAGUUGCCCCGUACCAGGGCUACGCUUCUGGGCAAAUUCAGUAGUCCUCCUGAUUGCCCUUUGUGCUAUGGCAUUCUUCCAAUCAAUGGUAUCAUCGGGCUAUUUAAGUAGUAUAAUUACCACGCUUGAACGGAGGUUUGAUUUGACCAGUCGUCAAGUUGGAUAUAUAUAUUGUUGCUAUGAGGUGACCUCGGUUCUUUCAACAAUCGGGUUUUCAUUUAUUAAUGUACGAAAAAGGAACCGUCCAAGAAUUAUUGGGGUUCUGGGGCUGGUCCUCGGAUUGGGGUUCUGUUUUUUUGCCUUGCCUCACUGGCUGUCGGGACCUUACAAUCCUAGUGAGUUUAAUAACGUCGCUGCAAACAAGAUUGAGCCCCUUUGUUCGGUGAUUGAUGUAAAUACUACUGUCCCGUCUCCACCGUCUUUCGUCGACCGUUCUCAUUGUAACUUAACGGGUGUAACCGUUUUGAGGAUUGGUGAGGAAUCGGUUCUCUCUACGGAUUACACGAUUGCUCUUCCAUUUUUCUGUUGUUCUUUGGCUGUGGCCGGUUUCGGAUCCAGUUCCCUCUUUGUACUUGCACCCACUUUUUUGUGGGACAACCUCUCGCCGCGGCAGUACCCCAUAUAUUCAGGCAAGUAUCUUUUUAUCUUAGUUAUCUCCCGCGUAGUUCACGGCCUUCUGUACAGCUGCGCUGGAUUAGGUCCGGCGUUUGGUUUCAUCGCAGGCGCUGCCUUCCUUCAAAUCUACAUUGACUCUCCCUCUAUAAAUCCACCGCCUUCAUUAGACGUCUACGAUCAGUCCUGGUUGGGUGCAUGGUGGUUGGGGAUGGUUAUUUUUGGUGCUCUCAGUUGUAUUCCAGCCCUACCCGUUCUCGGUUUUUCUCAAAAUCUAUUAUCCAAGGUCGAUUCCGAGUCGCUUACUGUUCCUACUGCUUCAACUGCCGAAACGACUGUGGUUUUAACUCCUAAAAGUGGGGCGAAGCCACGUAUGGCCACUGGCGACACGGUAUCCCAUGUACCGGUACCUGUUUCGGAGGUCUCUUCUGCCCCUCAUUUCCCUGAACCAAUACCAGAAGGCAGUGAAUCCCUUUCCCGAACACCAACCACCAUUACCAACACCGCUUAUGCCGACCCUGAGGACAUGCUUCCCAGCGACUGCAAAAUUCACCGAAGGCAAUCUUCUAAAAACGACUUCGAUGCACAGCUUCGGUUGUGUGAAAAUGAGAUGUCAUUGGCUUCAUCCCCGAAAGGAGGUCGCUCCACUGUAUUGAAGAGAGUAGUGACAAAUCCCAUAUGGCUCGGUGUAACGGCUACUACCGUAACGGAAAACACUAUUGUCUCCGCCUACCUCACGUAUGCUGCGAAGUACCUGCAGGCGGAAUUCCGAAUUCCAGCUCAUUUAGCCAGCAUUCACACCGGAGGAGUCGUUGUACCCAGCGCUGUCCUCGGAGUACUCACAGGGGCUUUGCUGAUGCGCCACUUCCGGCCCUCUAUCACGAGAACCCUCUUCGCUUCCCUUAUUCCCCUUUUGGCGACUCUUGCAACUGUUCUUAUCCUUAUGCUGGGACUCGGAUGCCCGAAAAAUCAGAUGGCUGGUGUUACAGCCACUUACGACGGUAAAUCUUACUGGCAGUCAGGUGGGUCAUUUCUUCAGAACUCUUCAAAUCUCUCAGCGGCUUGCAAUUCGGGUUGCAGACUGACUGUUUCGGGGCAGAAUUUUUCAUGUCCUCUUGCCUCCAACUACAAUCCCGUCUGCUGGAAACAAACUUCAACCCCAGUCGGUGAGCCACAAAUGCAGAUGUCCUUCAUGAAUCCGUGCCUCGCUGGGUGUGCAGGGUUUCGACCCAAAAGCACUCCCGACGGAAAAUUGGAGAUUUAUGAGAACUGCAACUGCGUGACAAACUCCAGUCUUGUUCCGGCCGGUGUGCACUCUCUUUCUGACCCCGUGCCAGGCGGAACUGUAACCAGAGGUGUCUGCAGCCCACAGUGCUCCAACUACGUGCCCUUUUUAAUAAUAACUUUCAUCACUAUAUUCCUGACUAGCAUCAACCAAAAUCCGAGCAACGUUAUCACUCUUAGUUGUGUGGCUCCGGAGGAUGGAACAGCGGCUCUUGGACUCCAGGUAUUUUUCGCCCGAACUCUUGCUUUCAUACCGACGCCAAUCUACUUUGGCAUGCUAAUGGAUCGAACGUGUUUGGUGAGAUCCGUGCCCUUGCGUGAUAUCUGCGAGUCGACAAGCCGCUCUUUUGGCCUCUUCUCGAUGCUGUCGCCCUUAGUGAGCGUUGAGGGUGCUUGCCUCGAAUAUGACGUCUUCUCGUUGCCGUACGCUUGGCUUGGCGGUGUAACUGUCUUUAAGUGCCUCAGUAUCAUCAUCGUCGUGUUAACGUGGCGGUAUUCAUGGUAG